UUUUGUUUUUAUCAAUAUUUUUUAUCGAAGAAGACAUUAAUUCCACCUGACAAGAUAGUAAACUAAUCUUCCGUGCGAAAACAUACAUAACAAAAUUAGAAAAAAAUUCCCCUCAAUUAGCGAUAAAAGUGGCCUUAAAUAGUUUAGCACGUAAAGAAGUGAAUUCAGUUCAACGCGAGAAUCACAAGCAGCAACUGCACAGCUCAGGAUACUAUUUGGAUAACUUCUGACAGAAAUGCCUUACUACGAGGAGGAGCGUCGCCACCACCACCAUCAUCAUCAUGGUGGCAGGCCCAUUGUGGAGGUGGACAUUGUGCCGCCCAGGAUUCCGAGACCGGUGAUCGAGAUUGGAGUGGGUGGUCGCUAUCCACCACCACCUCCCAUGGUGGAGGUCAUCACCCCCGCUGCCGUCUAUCAGCCACCGCCACCACGUCCCAUUAUCGAGGUCGAUGUGGUUCCCCCCAGUCGACCCUUCAUCGAGUUCAACAUCGGAGGUCGCCGUCCUCCUCCCAGGGAGGAGAUCAUUAUCGUUCAGCAGCCCCCACCGCCCAGGUGGUAGGCGUGGUUCUAUUGCGACAGUUGGAAAGAGUGAACUAUAAAAAAUACUUUAAAACUACAUAAAUUCACUGGAUUAAUAUUAGAUCUUAGCUUAAAUAUUGUCACAAAUAAAAACAAAUAUAUUUUAUAAAUACUAUAAUAGCAAGGCACUUCCUGUCAACUGCACAAGUGUAUUUUUUAAAAACAAUCAAUAAAAACAAACGUAUUUGUAACCUAUAAAUAAAGAAAAAAUAAAAAAAUGUUCUCUCUUUUCAAAUA